AUGGCUGCGCCAUCAAUACCCAACCUCUUCUCCUUCUUCACACCCUCAAAACCACCAUCCGCUCCGCCGUCCCACCUCUCCCUCUCCUCCACCGCCGCCGCCACCACCACCAAAAAUCGGUGGGCCCCACUAGUCUACUCAAAUGAACUCCAACAAAACCCAUUAUCCUUAUCAUCGUCCUGCUCUUCUGAUGUCAUGUCCGUCGUGUGCCCCUCCCUCGCGUACGCCAACCCCCUAUUUUUCCGGUCGGCGUAUAAUGUCCAGGUAAUCGUUGAUGAGAACGAGCCGGAGGAGAAGCUACUCGGUCGGUUCCGACGGGAGGUUAUGAGGGCCGGCGUCAUUCAGGAAUGCAAGCGCCGCCGCUACUUCGAGAACAAGCAGGCCGAGAAGAAGCGCAAAUCUCGCGAGGCUGCCAAGCGCAAUCGUCGCAGGCGCCCUCAAUCAAGAAACUUCACUCAGGACAGGCAAGAGACGCCCAAGAACAAGAAGGAAGAGGAGGACGAUAACUGGGAUCUCCCUGAAGGCGACCUUCCCUAUUGA